AUGGCGGAAGGAGAUAAUCGCAGCACCAACCUGCUGGUUGCAGAGACUGCAAGUCUGGAAGAGCAGCUGCAAGGAUGGGGAGAAGUGAUGCUGAUGGCAGAUAAAGUCCUCCAAUGGGAAAGAGCCUGGUUGCCACCUGUCAUCAUGGGUGUGGUUUCUUGUUUUCUGACUAUCUACUAUCUAGAUCCAUCCGUCCUGUCAGGUGUUUCCUGUUUUGUUAUGUUUUUGUGCUUGGCCGACUACCUUGUUCUCAUUCUAGCGCCUAGAAUUUUUGGCUCCAAUAAAUGGACCACUGAGCAACAGCAGAGAUUCCAUGAAAUUUGCAGCAAUCUAGUAAAAACUCGACGCAGAGCUGUGGGCUGGUGGAAACGCCUCUUUACGCUAAAGGAAGAAAAGCCUAAAGUGUACUUCAUGACCAUGAUCAUUUCUCUUGCUGCGGUUGCUUGGGUGGGACAGCAAGUCCACAACCUCCUUCUCACCUACCUGAUAGUGACUUUCUUACUCUUGCUUCCUGGACUAAACCAACACGGAAUCAUUUCGAAGUACAUUGGAAUGGCCAAAAGAGAGAUAAACAAGCUUCUCAAACAAAAAGAAAAGAAAAAUGAAUAAUACAUCUGCUUUAUUCAGUGUGAUUAAUGGUGUAUACAUUGUCCUUGGGGACAGUGUCUGUUAUGCUGUCUGGAUACUAAAAUGUUACAGAUGUAGCCCUUUGCUGUCCCUCAUUCUGCCCUUAGUUAGUAGAAAUUCUGACUUGCCAAGUAAGGCUUUAUGCCCAGGGUCUUCAUGGGUGUGUUGUCAUCAGCUGGCCUUAUAUGGACAACUCAUUCAUCAUUACCACUUGUCUUGGUUUUUCUCACCCAGGGUUAAGUGAACUCUUACUUUUAAAAUAAUAUAGUGGUGAACUUGAUCCUUUAGUACAGUUAACAGUGGCUUGGGAUAACUGUUCAAGUUGAUCUUUGCUUUAGCUGGAUACAAGAUAGUGGUCUGUGACUACAGGAAGCUGGUUCUACUGUCUCCUUCCACAGUCUGCUUAAACAACUGUCUGGCUUCGUGAAUAUAGAAACCAAGUUUACCACAUCUGAUGAAGAGACCAGUUAAGAUUCAUUCCUCAUUCUGUUUUGAUACUGUGGGAGAAGAAUCCUCAUGGAAUAAAAUGAAAGUAAUUCCAUGGCCUAGUAUGUGUUGGCUUCUCCCUUGUGCAGAAUUUAGCAAUUUGUUGGAAACAUUGAUCCUUCCUCCCAAAUGGGGAAUCUGACAGGCUUAGAACUCUUGUUCCCGUGCACUUAAACUUGAAGUUAGUACAUCCUUAAGGGCUUUUUAGUAGCAGGCUUACGCAAAAUGGUAUUUAGG